AUGGAUAAAACAAGUUUAACGAAUCUUUUGAGAUUCCCAGGAUAUAAUCAAGCUGUCAUUGGUGAUGCCGCUGUACUUUCUUGUGGUUGUUUGACUUCAGAAGCAGUGUUUACCAAGGAGUAUACCGAAUGUUGCCCCAAUUGCCACGCUGAAGAUGUUUCACUCUUAGCACCAGUUGAGCCACUACGCCAAUUGUACCGAUUUAUUGACCUCCAAGGGCAGAGGAGACCAUCAAAUAGUGAUCGAAGUCGUCGAAGUACUGUAAAGAAGAGUAUCAAGGGUGACGAUGGAUCGACCCAAUUGCCCUCCAAGGUGACUGAAUCGAUGAAUUUAUUGACCUUGUUUCACAAAUAUGCCAAGGAAGAACAACUGGGUGUGUCUGAAGCUGAAUCUAAUUCCACUGUUGCAGCAGUUGAUAUUGCGAAACUGAAGUCAUUUGAGGACGCUUCUCGUGUGCUUAAGGGCACGCCAUCCCAACACUCUGUCUCAGUAUCGCCUCAGAAUCUUCUUCACCAAGGCUCAGACUUGGUGCCUUCAAAUUUACCAAAACAAGAUCCGAAUUUCGAAACCCUACUAGAGUAUGUUAGCGAGCAAAAAGAAUAUAACUUUAGCAAGUGCUUUCCAUUCCAUCGAAAAGUUUGGUCAUUUCCAACACUGCAAUUGAAAUUGAAUUUGGGCUCGGUGAAUCCAUUCAAAUUGGGUGCAUUUGGUAUUAAAAAAUCUAUCAACUCUUCUAUUCACACGUUUAUUGACUUCCACGCGGGCUUAGAGAUAACUCGAUUUGUGCUAUUGAGUGAAAAGAAAUGGGAACUAUAUGAAUAUUUGCUACCGUCUAGAGAAACCAGCAUAGCUCAUACCAAGCCUGUGCUAUUAUGCUGUGGAAAGCUGACUGGUGAAUUCGGCGAGUCACUGAAUAAUCUUAAAUCUGUUGAUACACCAGGUGACCAUGAAACAGUGAAAUCGAACGAAUUUGGCAACACUGCAAAAGCUGAUAAUCAACUACCGAAGAACAACUUGAAGAAACGAUUGGAAUCGUGGGACCAAACUUAUUGUCAUCUAACAAGAAACUUUCUAGUAAUCUCGGGUACAAAGGGGGUUAUGAGAGUAAUCAAUAUAAGUCUGGAGGGACGGUAUCAAAUGGGUGAGCCAAUUUACACGUAUUUAUCGAAUUUCCCAAUUAGAUGUAUCGCAAUAUCUCCCAAUGAAAAUCUUAUCGCUUGCAGCAUAACGGGGAGAGAAAGGAUCUCUGACAAGGAGCAGCCGUUUAUUGUUUUGCAUAGGAUGAUAGUGAACGCUGAGCAGUGGGUUAAUUUCGGCGAUCCAAUAUUAAUAACAGUACCUUAUCGUGAUCCAAUUAAGCUUGUUGAAUUCAAUGCAUUAUCAUCGCAUAUUAUAUGCGCAACAGUGUGGGAAUCGAGAUACAUCAUCAUUAAGUUGAAAGAUGGAGAAAAGGGAUACCAGCGUCCCCGUUUAGUUUGGUCUGAGUUACCUUUCAAAAGUGGGUCAAGACAAGAUGAUGAAGGAAAUCCGAUAUCCGGCCGAGAAGAAUUAUUAGGCACCGAUGACGAACUAAUGAUGGCAAGUGAAGGUAUCACAGAGGUACAGUUUGGAAACAAAUAUUCCAACACAAUUAUAAUCACCUCUAAUUACUUGGGAUACAGGCCACCAGUGUUGAUCCGCUUGCACGGUACUCAAAUUGACUCUGCCAAGCCUAACCCAAGUAAUGAUAGUCUUAGUAUAGAAAAUUCCUUUUCAAAUCAUGACAGAGAUGACGAUGAUAAUGGCGACUAUUCAAUGUUGAAGUCGUCUGAAGUGCUUCAAAGGUUUUCGGAAGUGGGAUCAUCGAUUCACGUGGCAGCAAUAUCCCCUAGAGGCGACGGCAUUGUGUUUGCUGACAAAGACGGACAUUUAUAUCUAGUAUCAGCCCCCAAUUUGAGUUCACAAUCAGGUACAGGCCUGCCUAACAAGAAGACGGUUGUGUUGUUGGGAGAAGUGGCAAAUGCAGAGAGGUAUACUGAAGCUGCAUCAAUUCAAUUUCUGGCGGAUGGAGGCAAAGUGUUUGCAGUAGACAGAAAAGGAUUAUUUCAAGUUUUCGACUUCACAAAGGGCGUACCAGGAAAAGAUUUGGAUGUUGUCAAGUGUAAAAUAAUCAGUGUAUAG